UUCUUUUCCAAACGUUUUCCCGCUGAGAAUGAGGGGGCGAAGUGAGAAGUCGAAUCAUUAAUGGCACUUUAAUAUCCUGGGAAUUAGAUUCCUACACCACAACAUGGAUUAUCCAAUUCCAGCCAGGGAAUAAUACUAAUCCACGACAUGUUCUCCCGCUGUUGGAUUCACUCUCGUAACUACCCACGUUGCAUACAUACUUAAUAUGUUCUCCGACCCUGCAACUUCUUCUUGCAAACGUUGUUCAUGGCCAAGUUGUAUUAAUGACACCCCAAACGCAGUAGCAUCGCUUCGGGAACCCGAUUCCUCUCCUUUCUCUCCACCACUUCCAAAAUGCCUAUUUAAUUCCACCAUGCGAAUCCCAAAGAAGCCCGUUUCAUUUUGUCUAUCCCUCUUCUCCCCUGAAUUCUCUUCUACUCCUCCGCUCUCUUCCUGGAUUCCUCUUCGCUCAGGAAAACGAAGAGGAUUUCGCAACUCAGGAGCAAGUCAAUUGCAUGCAAGUUAUCCAAUGGAUGAGAGCCACAGGACCAUUGUUGGUGACAAAUCAUCAAAUUUUCAUUUGGCUGUCGGUGAUGGUGGUCAUAAACCAUGUAUAUGGUCAUCGCCUGAAGGAGGACAUAAGAUUGAUAUUGGAAAGCAUAUCUUUUGCAACAGAUCGUUAAAUAUGAAGAGUAUUGUUGCUGUUGGGUUUGAUAUGGAUUACACUUUGGCACAAUACAAGCCUGAGACUUUCGAAUCCCUUGCUUAUGAAGGCACAAUUAAAAAAUUGGUGCAUGAUUUGGGAUACCCGCGUGAGUUGCUGGAUUGGUCGUUUGAUUGGAAGUACAUGGUGAGAGGUCUGGUGCUUGAUAAAAAGAGAGGCAACAUCUUGAAGAUGGAUCGCCAUAAGUAUGUGAAAGUUGCCUACCAUGGAUUCAAGGAGUUGUCAAAGGAAGAAAAAGUGGGGACCUACGGGAAUACUUUGAUACGGGAUUCUUUUGAUGAACCUGACUAUGCUCUCAUUGAUACCCUUUUUUCAUUAGCUGAAGCCUACUUAUUUGCUCAACUGGUUGACUUUCGGGAUAAUAAUCCUGGAAAGGUUCAAGAGGGUGUUGAUUACUCACGCAUGUACAAAGAUGUGCGAGCUGCAGUUGAUUUGUGCCACCGUGAUGGAACUUUAAAGCAAAUGGUUGCAAAAGAUCCUAAACACUAUAUCAACGAACAUACUUCAAUCGUGCCCAUGCUCAAAAUGCUCAGAGAUUCUGGUCGUUCUACAUUCUUGGUGACGAAUAGUUUAUGGGACUACACGAACAUUGUGAUGAAUUUCCUCUGUGAAUCCCGCACAAUGAAUGGUAGUAACAAAUGCAAUUUUGACUGGCUUCAAUACUUUGACGUUGUAAUUACUGGCAGUGCAAAACCAGGCUUCUUCCAUGAGGACAAUCGUGCAAAUCUAUUUGCAGUUGAACCUGAGUCUGGGAUGCUACUUAAUACUGAUAAUGGCUCUCCUAUGCCUCAGGUGGGUAGUACUUCACCAAGAUUAUCAUUGAAGGGGCAGAAUAAGAUGUGCAGAGUUUUCCAGGGUGGCAGUGUUGGUCAUCUGCAUAAACUGCUCUCAAUUGAGUCAAGUUCACAGGUUCUCUAUGUUGGGGAUCAUAUCUAUGGAGAUAUUUUACGCAGCAAAAAGGUUCUCGGUUGGAGAACAAUGCUUGUUGUUCCAGAACUUGAGAGAGAGGUUGAACUUCUUUGGGAAUUAAGGGAUACCCGCAAGGAACUACGAUUAAUGCGAAAUCAGCGUGACCACAUUGAAGACAAAAUACAUCGUUUGAAGUGGUCUCUCAAGUUUGAAGAUGUCAAUGUUAAUGAGAAACAGAAAUUAUCUUCUGCACUUGAUGAGUUGGAGUCUCGGAGGGAGCGAGUCAGAUUAACUCAUCAACUGGCUCAACGGGAAUGUCACCAAACGUUUCAUAAAGUUUGGGGACAGCUUAUGAAGACUGGUUAUCAGAACUCACGCUUUGCACAUCAGGUUGAGAGAUUUGCCUGCCUCUACACUAGCCAAGUGUCCAACUUAAGCCUGUACUCUCCCGACAAAUACUAUAGACCAAGUGAAGAUUUCAUGCCCCAUGAAUUUGAUAUCAUUCCCAUGUGAAGAAUAUUUACACCCUGCAAUUGGAAAGCCAUGAAAAGAAGAUCCUUUUUCACUUUCCCUCUUUUUCUAUCCUUGUUUUCUUUGAUGAUUUUGCUUCCAUGUAAUUCUGUAAAUGUGUUGCUUAGGAGUCAGUACGAUGACAUCCGAUGUAAAUCGUCUUAAUAGUUAAUCAUGUUAGUUGUGAAUUUGGUACUAAAGCUGUAGGUGAGAUUUCUUGCAUUGUAAGGAAACGUAAGUUGGAAUUGACAGUAUUUUAAUCAAGGUGUACUAAUAUAGAGCUUUUCUACCUA